UUGGGUGUUGCAGAGAUGAGGGGCGUGCCGAGGAGACAUCGGAGGGGUGAAGAUGAACUGGGGCGGCAUUCCGAUAGUGGGGAUCGUGUACGCUGCCGCUCCUUUGGGAAGAGAUAUACAAUGGCUUGGCAGAACACACUUUGCUAUUACUAUCUGUUGACUGUAUGUCUCGUCUGGGCCAUGGCCAAGCCACCCCCUGACAAGAAGGAUCGUGUCCACCAUGGUCAAAACCUCAGUGAUCACCCCCAUGAUGACAGCCAAGACUUCCGCUAUGAUCAUGAAGCCUUUUUGGGCAAAGAAGAAGCCAAGACAUUUGACCAACUAACUCCUGAAGAGAGCAAACAGAGGCUGGGAAAGAUUGUGGACCGAAUUGACCGAGAUGGGGAUGGUUUUGUGACGCAGCCUGAGUUGAAGGAUUGGAUCAAGCACACUCAGAACCGCUAUAUCUAUGAGAAUGUGAACAAGAACUGGAAGGACUAUGACAAGGAUAAUGAUGGCCAUAUCACUUGGAAUGAGUUCAAAAGCACCACUUAUGGGCAUUAUGAAGGAGAAGAGUUUGGUGAUCUUGAGGACAAGAAUUCAUACCGGAAGAUGCUGGCUCGGGAUGAGCGGCGAUUCAAGGCAGCUGACAAAGAUGGGGAUAUGAGUGUGACCAGAGAGGAAUUCACAGCCUUUCUUCACCCUGAAGAGUUUAACCACAUGAGGGACGUUAUAGUGACGGAAACCCUGGAGGACAUAGAUAAGAAUGGAGAUGGCUUUGUAGAAGUGGAUGAGUAUCUUGGUGACAUAUACACCCCUGAAACUGGGGAGCCAGAACCUAGCUGGGUGACAAGCGAACGUCAGCAAUUCUUGGAACACCGAGACAUCAACAAAGAUGGGAAAAUGGAUCGGGAGGAAAUUGGGCACUGGAUCCUGCCCCCAGACUAUGACCAUGCUGAAGUGGAGUCCAAGCAUCUCCUUGUUCAGUCGGACAAAGACAAGGAUGAUAGAAUAACCAAGCAAGAGAUUUUGGACAACUGGAACAUGUUUGUGGGGAGCCAGGCCACCAACUAUGGUGAAGACUUGACAAAGAAGCACGAUGAACUGUGAUUGGAGUGGGCGGGGGAUGUACAACAGCGAGUUCUCCCUCAAAUGGGGGUGGGAGAAGCACAAGAGAACUGCUGUCUUAUUUAUUGUCGGAAGGACCUGCUUAAACUUUCCUCAAAAACUAGCAUAGCCGACGUUCUUGGGUGCUUUUCCCUAGGAUCCAUUCUUGCUCCUCUGCCGCCUCCAUCUCCCCCACAGCAUGGUGAACCCUUAUAGAGAUGUCCAUGUUCAGAGAGGUUUGGGGAGGGAGAUUAAAUACACCUACACCUUCCUCCACCAGUGCAUUUAAUCUCUUCGGUAACAGUUAGGGUGUGUUCAAACCAUGUUCUUAAUGCACUUAAAUUCUUCCCUUGCAAGCUCCACACCCUUCAUCUAAGGGCAGGUAAAGAGUAGCUCCCUCAAGUUCUCCCCUUCUUUUAAGGGGACUAAGAUGCCUGUUUUCUUUUCAAACACUCAUCUGGGACCUGUUGAGAAUAAUGAAAUAACCAGUUGGGUUCAAAAUCUCUUCCAUGUCUAUUUUGCAUAGGCAAAAAAAAGUUCAAUACAGGAUGAAUGUAUUUGUAAGCAUUUUAGUGGUAGCCCCAUACCUUGGAUAAACACUGCUUGUCUGGGCUUGUAGUUCCUUCUCUGUACCUCUUCCUUCUCCAGGAUGACAGACUUUCCCGGGAGGAAGUCAUAGAGAUGGUGCAGGAGAGCAUUGAGAGCGCCAAUGUGUAUAAAGCAACACUUGCUCCUCUGGGGGGCCGCCAGGAGUUGUGACCUCUUAAACUGUAAAAUUCUGGAUUACUAAUAAAACCACUUCCCACCCUCUCAA